AUGGCUCCACUCACUGGGGCCAAAGUGAUUGCACAGGCACUCGAUGAUCUGGAUGUCACUGUCCUGCAUACCUUGGUCGGCAUACCCGUCGCUGACAUCGCCGAAGAAGCCAUCGACUUGGGCAUUCGCGUGAUCGGAUAUCGGAAUGAGCAAGCUUGCAGUUAUGCUGCCUCGAUCUAUGGCUACCUCACCGGACGUCCAGGCGUUCUUCUUUUGACUGGGGGACCUGGCAUUAUCCAUGGGAUGGCCGGAAUUACCAAUGCCUCGACCAAUGCGUUUCCCCUCCUCGUACUUGGAGGGUCCUCCGAAACGACCAGUGUGACCAAAGGUGGCUUUCAGGAGUUGGACGCUGUGGCAUUGUUAACUCCUCAUACAAAAACAGCUAUCCGACCGUCAUCAAAGCAGCCAUCGGCAAUCGUAGCAGCAAUACGAACCGCGUAUCGCAUUGCAUGGUAUGGGCGACCCGGACCGACUUUUGUUGACCUACCUACCGAUCUCAUUAUGGAAGCGUCACCGAGGGUGCGAGAUAUAGAUAGGCCGUCCAUAUCCGUAUCAGCACCACCAAAGCCCGCCGCAUCCUCGGACGUCAUUGCCUCAGCAGUUCGACUCAUUCAAUCAUCUUCUGCCCCGCUCGUCAUUAUCGGCAAAGGGGCAGCGUAUGCCCGUGCAGAGUCGACUGCCCGCUCGCUCAUCUCUACACAUCACCUUCCUUUCCUGCCCACACCUAUGGGCAAGGGAGUCGUUCCAGACUCUCAUCCUCUGAACGCGAGCUCCGCCCGUACUGCUGCGCUGAAGAAUGCCGAUCUGAUUCUGCUCUUGGGAGCAAGACCAAAUUGGAUCCUGCAUUUCGGUGAAGCCCCCAGGUAUCAACCUGGUGUGAAGAUUAUUCAAGUAGACAUCUCGCCAGAGGAGCUUGGGCGAGCGAAUUCACUGGGAGUGCCAGCGCUCAGUAUCUUCGGCGACAUUGGACUCGUUGUUGAUCAGCUCAGGGCUGAGUUGCAUGCGUGGAAGGCGUUUUCAGAACCUAGAUUUGUCGCCGAUCCAUCACCAGGGCGGCCUUCUUACCUCAAUCUCUUGGCUCAGAGCGCAGCGAAGAACUCAACAAAAGCAAUCAAGGCAGCAGAGAAGCCAACUCCCCAGGGAGGCUUUUUGACGUAUGAGCGAGCGUACCACAUCAUCAAAUCCGCCAUUCAUGACCUCUCGCCGUCCUCCCAAGGUGGGAUCGUUUAUGUUUCUGAAGGUGCCAAUACAAUGGACAUUUCCCGAUCCUCGUUUCCACUCGAGCAGCCACGCCAACGUCUCGAUGCAGGGACCUGGGGCACUAUGGGUAUUGGGAUGGGCUACGCCAUCGCAGCGUGGUCCGCGUACAACUUACACGAUCGGACCAAGAAGAUUGUUGCACUUGAAGGUGACUCAGCGUUCGGUUUCUCUGGCAUGGAGAUUGAGACCAUGGCACGUCAUCGCAUGGAUAUCGUCAUCAUUGUGAUGAACAAUUCCGGCAUUUACAAGGGCGACGCGACUUCCGCGGCCCAGUGGAAGGAAAUGCAACGUCGCACCUCUUCGAAUGACUCAACUACAUCGAGUCCAAAGGACCGAAGUAAGAGCCUCCGGUCCAGUUCGCUAUUGUACGAGACGAAGUACGAACAGCUCGCGGAAAUGGUAGGUGGAAAGGGCUUCUUUAUACGGAGUGAGCAGGAGUUGAAAAGUGCGGUGAGAGAAGCUUUCCUAGAAAAGGAAAAGGUUCCCUGUGUGUUGAACGUUAUCAUCGACCCUGGAUUAAACAUGGGUGCAAGCUUUGGGUGGUUGGACUUGAAGGAGAAGCAUGGCGGAGGAGGCCAGAGUAAAUUGUGA